GUGCUCCCUAGUUUUAUCUAUGUGAUGACGUUUGGGAAAUUGGAUGCGGGUCAUCAAAAUGAAAGCCCUCAUCCUUGCAGCUGCUGGAGCCAUGCUUCUGUCGCCCACUUUUUGUCAAAGCGGUAUGGGAAACGAUGCAGACAACUUGGCAGAGCCAACGUUCCCUAUUAAGACCUUUCGUGGAGCUCCCCCCAGUUCUUUUGAAGAGAUCCCCUUUUCUGCCAUAGAAGGCUGGACAGGAAGCACAACUAUAAUAAGUAAGUGUCCUGAAGAAAGCGUUUCAAAUCUCCACGUGAAUAAUGCUACCAUGGGGUAUCUGAGCAGCUCCGUAAGUACCAAGCUGAUACCCGCCACCUACAUCCUGGUGUUUGCAGUAGGUGUGCCAGCCAACGCAGUGGCCUUGUGGAUGCUCUGCUUCAGGACCAGACCCAGCUGUACGACCAUCUUCUAUAUCAACCUGGCCAUUGCAGACUUUCUUUUCUGUGCCACACUGCCCUUUAAAAUAGCUUACCAUCUCAAUGGCAACAACUGGGUAUUUGGAGAGCUCAUGUGCCAGGCCACCACGGUCAUCUUUUAUGGCAACAUGUACUGCUCCAUUCUGAUCCUCGCCUGCCUCAGCAUCAGCCGCUACCUGGCCAUCGUCCACCCUUUUACCUACCGGGGGCUGCCCAAGCGCACCUACGCCUUGGUAACGUGUGGGUUGGUGUGGGCAACGGUUUUCUUAUACAUGCUGCCAUUCUUCAUCCUGAAGCAGGAGUACUAUCUUGUCCACAGGGACAUCACCACCUGCCAUGACGUCCACAACACAUGCGAGUCUUCAUCUCGCUUCCAACUCUACUACUUCAUCUCCUUGGCGUUCUUCGGGUUCUUAAUUCCAUUUGCGGUCAUUACCUACUGCUACGUGGCCAUCAUUCGGACGCUCAGUGCGUAUGACCAGAGGUGGCUGCGCUAUGUGAAGGCGAGUUUCCUCAUUCUUGGGAUUUUUACCAUUUGCUUUGCUCCAAGCAACAUUAUACUUAUUGUUCACCAAGCCAACUACCACUACAACACCGACGGCUUGUACUUUGUCUAUCUCAUAGCUCUGUGCCUUGGGAGUCUGAAUAGCUGCUUAGAUCCAUUCCUUUAUUUUCUCAUGUCAAAAAUCACGGAUCACUCCACAGCUUACCUUACAAUAGUGAAAUCACCUUAGAGAUCAAUGAAAGCUAUUUGUGAAAAAAUACAUUCCUGGGAUAACGUGCGCGUAAGUACAAGCAGCUCUACUCUUUAGCUCCAUUUUGGAGCUCCUAGGACAUAGUACU